CCUUCCGCUCCGCAGCGCUGCUUGCCGGGACGUGUAGUCCCGUGGUCCCGCGCCGCUCCCGGCCCGCACCAGGAACCCAUCUGCCGGGUCUUGCCCCCCAGCCCCUGCAAAGCCCACCUGGUGAGCGAUGGAGGGACAUCCCACCCUGCAACUCCGCAUCUUUGACCUUAACUGCUGGGCCAUCCGCUAUCUGAGCAAGCGGCGGCAGGAGCGUGUCCAGCUCAUUGGGGACAUGCUGCGCCGGGAGCGCUUUGACCUGGUGCUUCUCCAGGAGGUGUGGAGUGAGCAGGACUACAGCAACCUGAAGGUGAAGCUGGGAGGCUGCUACCCCUUCUCCCAUUACUUCCGCAGCGGGGUGAUCGGCAGCGGCCUCUGCGUCUUCUCCAGGUUCCCCAUCCUGGACACCCUCCUCUACCAGUACUCACUGAAUGGGUACCCCUACAUGCUCCAGCAUGGGGACUGGUUCUGUGGCAAGUCCGUUGGCCUCGUCAUCACUGAGAUCUCUGGGAUCGUCUUCAAUGUCUAUGUCACCCAUCUGCACGCCGAGUACUGCCGGGAGAAGGAUGCCUACCUGCCCCACCGCCUGGUGCAGGCCUGGGAGCUGGCGCAGUUCAUCCGACACACGUCAAAGGCAGCUGACGUGGUGCUGCUGGGAGGGGACCUGAACAUGCACCCCGAAGAUGUGGGUAUCCGGCUGCUGCGCAGCUGGACGGGGCUGCAGGACGCCUUCACUGAGGCCACAUGCUUUGAGGGCUGUGAGGAUGGCUGCACCCUCGUCCCCAACAACUGCUUCACUGUCAAGACAGAGCUGAUGCCCUUCCCACUGGGCAUCCGCAUUGACUACAUCCUCUACAAGGCUGUCUCCAGCUUCACAGUGAAGUGCGAGGAGUUGAAGACCACCAUGGGGACAGCCCCAGGCACGGACAUCCCCUUCUCGGACCAUGAGGCCGUGAUGGCAACGCUGCACAUCCAGAGGCAGGGACAGGCUGCUGGUGCCAGCCUCAGCACAGCCGAGCUGACACUGGCGGACGUGGUGACGGAGGCACGGACAGAGGUGGGCGUGGGGCUGCGUGCAGCACAGCGGCAGCGCUACUCCACGGGCAGGAUGGCCGUGCUGGCCCUGCUGCUGCUGCUGCUGCAGGCAGUGGCUGCACUGGGCGCGCUGGCAGGGCUGGCGGCUGGGCAGCCCUUCCCAAAGCUCUCCUUCUCCCUGCUGGCCUUCCUCGCCAUCGGUGUCCUCCUCCUCGCCACCAGCCUCCACCUCUUCCACACCAUCGAGGUGAAGAUGCUGCAGGGCACUGAGGAACAGAUGCGGAUGGUGCUGUGGGCACUGCAGGAGCAUCCCAGUGAUGGCUGAGCCAGGGCCAUGGGUGUCCCACCAUGUUACCCCAGCCCCAUCCUGGCCCCUUUUGGUCCCUUUUUCUAGUUGACGUCUGGUUUUAGGCAAGCAGCGCUGUGGCUGGCUCAGUAGCGCAGGUUUUACAGCUGCCUCACUGGGUGAAAUUAAGAUUUUGGGGGCAGAUUUGUGGCAUUCACCCCUGUAGGAACCACGAUGGAGGCAGAUUUUAAUUGCUGUUUUUUUUUAAUACACCUUUUAAUAUACCUUUCUACCCAGAGGGACCUGCUGGCAUGGGCCAGGGGGCUCGACAGGCUCAGCCUCCCCUUGCCCAGGGCGGCCUCGGCGGCUCCUGGUAAAAGCUGGCGACUGCUCUGGCAACCAAAUUUGACUCGAAUAGAAAAUAAAGGUGGUGUUUUAGCCCUUG